AUGUUUUCAGCUGCAUACCUGUGGCGACUUUUAGAAGAGAUGAUUGACAAAAUCACGGACCAUGUAUAUCUAUCUGGUGCAAAAGAUGUGCUUACAGGAUAUACAGAACUGCGAAAGUUAGAGAUCACUCAUAUACUGACCGUCUCAGCAGUGGCUAUUCCGGUGGACAAACGAAUUCCUAACAUUGAGUACCAUUUCAUUUUGGCUAUGGAUCUCCCUAAUCAAGAUCUGCUUGGAACUGGACUCUUGGCAGAUGGUUUGGCAUUUAUGAAAAAUGCCGUGCAAUCAGGUGGAAAUGUAUUAGUGCACUGCGAAGUUGGAGUUUCACGGAGUGUAACCGUUGUGGCUGCUUAUAUUAUGCAGAAAUACAAGUUUUCACCAGAAAAAGCUCUAGAAUUCAUUAAAAAGUCACGACCUAUAGCUUUUCCGAACGAAGGAUUCUACGCGCAGCUCCAGAUUUUCGAAAAACUCGACUAUAAUCUUGAUGAUGCUGCAUUAUCAGCGAGCCGUGCUUACAAGGAUUGGUGUGUAGCAUCCGGAAACGUGCCGAACAAGGGAUCAGAUGAGAGAGCAACAACAUUCAUAAGAAACGUUGAAAACAGUGGUACAAGCGGGAAUCGAGGGAGUAAAUUCAGGUGCGGAAGAUGUCGGCAUGUCCUAUUCUAUGGGGAGCAUUUAACGAGGCAUAAACGUUGUGACGGUGAGGUAUGUAAAUUCGGAUAUUUGAUUGAGCCAAUGAAAUGGAUGGAUGUUUCGGAAUUUGAAGGCAAGAUAAGCUGCCCAUCAUGUUACUCCAAACUUGGAAACUAUUCGUGGGGUGGUCGACACUGCCAGGGCGAGCCUGGCGCCAGAUGCGCAGAACAUGUUACUCCAUGGGUGCAUUUGCACCGCGCCAAAGUGGAUGAAGUGUCGUCAGAAUCGGCGAUUGAACGGCUACAUAAACCUCCACAAAUUCCAGCUGUAAUCAUAUCAUAG